UUGGUUUGGUAGCCUUGGGGUCGGUCAAUUUUCCAGCCUUUGCCUCGCCCCAAAUGCUUCGAUCCCGUUCGAUGGCCUCCCUCGGAGCCGCCGAUCACUUCGGUAGGCUGCCGGACUCCGUGCUCCUCGACGUAUUCAACUUGGUCGGCGACGUCAAAACUCUGGGACGGUGCUGCGUGGUAUGCCGCCGCUUUCACGCCGUCGCGCAACUCGUGGAGUCCGUCCUUGUGCGCGUCGACUGUGUUAUCUCCGACGAUCCUUCCGCUUCCCCAGGUGCGGGUGUGGGCGGGGAUAGGAACCGGGGAAUCAUCUCGCACCUCGCACGUAUCUUCGUUGGAGCCAUCGUCGAUCCGUUGGAGGCUCUUGGCCGUAUCCUCACACCCUCCCCUGCUGCUAUCUCCAGUCGGAGGUCCUCAUCGUCGUCGCAUCCUUCCUCCUCGAUGCCAUCUGAGGUCUCCCACCACUCCCCAGCGGAAGUGUUGAAGAACUUUAAGGGCAUCCGCCAUCUCCGGAUCGAACUCCCAGCGGGCGAGCUCAGCCUUAACGACGGUGUCCUCUUGAAGUGGAAGGCCGAGAUUGGGUCGACCGUGGACAGAUGUGUCAUCCUCGGGGCGGCCUCCGUUCUCUCCUUGGCUUCGUUCUCUCCUAAAUCCUCGAGCCAUCCCAGCACUGAUUCUAGCUUCCAGGAUGCUUGUGUGAAUGAUAACAGCGAAAGCAUGCCUGAAUCGUUCUACAGCAAUGGAAUCUCGAAGCUUAUAUUGGACUGGACGAUCAGCUCCCUGAUUGCCGCCUCAGAACGGCGUUACCUCCUGCAGUCGAUCAUCACCGAUCAUGAAACGCUCGAGAAUAUAGUGCUCACAGACGUUGAUGGACAAGGGUUGCUCACGAUGGGCCAGAAACAAGUGCAGGAGCUCACGGUUAAACCGCUCUCAUCAUCUGGGAGCUCGCAGCAGACUCUGGUGCCAGCCCUCAGCAUGUGGCUAUGGUAUGCGCCCUACCUGGAGCUACAUGAUGGAGUAGCGCUCAAGGAGGCAACUCUUGUGGCUGUUCGGCCAAGCCAGGAAUGGGGAAGUGAGUUUACGUGUAAUGGAGAUUAUGGUGGUGUUAUAGAUUCGAAAGAAAUUUGCUGGAUUUCCAGUGCAUUCGAAGAGCCAUACAGGUCAGCAGCCGUGAUGCUUGUGAAGAGGAGGACUUACUGCCUCGAGAUGAAUCACUGAGUUUGGAAGGACGGUGUCUAACUUAGAAAGAUUUUGAAGAUACCAAAAGUAUUAGACACACGAAUGCAGACAAGUGACAAUUAGACUCGGCCUGUCAAUUGUUGCCAACCCAUGGUGAUUAUGAUCAACUGUUCUUGAGCUGUGCUAUCAGACUCGAAGUGACGCCUUCUGGAGUUCUGUAGCCACUGCACAAAAUAAUAACUUUUUCCAACCCUGUCGCUCCUUUGCAAGUUGCCAUAAUAGUAAGACCUCGACUGUAAUGGAUCAUUAUGGGCCAUCCUACAGAUCUGCAUGCUGUUGUAUGCCCUGCUUUUAUGCACUACUGCAUUCUCAGAUAAAAUUUUCUCAGGCCAUAACACAAUUUAUUCAUGUUUAUCUUGUUUCACUAGAUUUGUCUGUUUGGUCUGUAUGGAAAGUUUGAUGUCCAGUUCAUUAAAUUCAUCUAGCUUGAGUGGUUUAAUUC